UGGCGGUUUGGAAUCGAGGGGGAAGAGUGUCGGUCCUGAGGACUAACAAUGGACACCCAGAAGGACAUCCAACCCCCUAAGCAGCAGCCAAUGAUCUAUAUCUGUGGAGAAUGUCAUGCAGAAAAUGAAAUAAAAUCCAGAAAUCCAAUCAGAUGCAGAGAAUGUGGGUACAGAAUAAUGUACAAGAAAAGGACUAAAAGAUUGGUGGUUUUUGAUGCUUGAUGAAAUGGAAUUUAGAAGAAUAUCCUUGCAUUUGGAUUUGCUGUUGUAUAGUUUUUGAUGAGUGGACUUAUUUUUAUCAGUACAGCUAUGUACACAUAAUUUCAUUUAAAAAUGAUAUUGUAUUUAGAUAUCUAUUAUAAAGAUUGUUUUUUUGUUCAGUUC